AUGUUAAUCGUUAAUAGGAACAGUAACAUUAGCUUAAGGCCUGAUAAUUAUACUUUUCCUUUGUUGUUCAAGACUUGCGCUAGAUUGGUGUUGCUUUAUAUGGGCCAUGAGAUUCUUGGACAUGUUCAGAAAAUGGGUUAUGAUUGUGAUAUAUUUGUGCACAAUACUUUGAUACAUUUCUUGGUGUCAUGUGGGGAGUUGGAUGCUGCAGGUAAAGUGUUUGGCGAAAAUUCUAUGAGGGACUUGGUUUCAUGGAAUUCCUUGGUCAAUGGGUAUGUUGAGAGUGGGAAAGUGAAGGAUGCAUUGAGGAUGUAUAAGAAAAUGGAGAGGGAGAGGGAUGUGAAUCCUGACGAGGUUAUUAUGAUUGGGAUGGUUUCAGCGAGUGCUCAGUUGGAGGAUUUGAGGCUUGGGAAAGAAUUUCAUCAAUAUAUUCGAGAGAAAGGAUUGAAUAUGAGCAUCCCGAUUGCUAGUGCUCUUAUGGAUAUCUCAAAUUUCAUCAGAUAUUCCAUCCAAUUCCUGUCCGUUCAAGCAUCUGAGAUACCUCUUUAUCUGUUCCUGCUGGUUCUUCACAUUCAGUAUCCAGAAUGGCCUGACCAUGGAGUUCCGAAGGACACUACCUUCUUCAUUCUCGUCAUCCAUGUGUUUGUUAAAAUGCUUGCAGAGGCAUAA